AUGACCAUCGCCUCGGCGUUGUCACGACGGAACUACUCCGUCGCGUACACGGACGCAUCGCGAACACGGAACGACAUCGUCGCCGAGGUCGUUAGGCACGGCAGCCCGGUUGUCGUGCUCUUCGGCUAUUGGAACGCAGUGCCGGGGACGCGCGAGAUUGUUUCGCGUGCCGUCGCCAAGGGCGCCCACCUCGUGCUCUACCAGAGCGAACCACUGGGAGUGCUCUACAACAGGCAACCACUCGCUCACAACAAACACAUUCUCGCAACAAAAGAGCUGUACAACGCCUCGGAGCUCUGGGAUUACUCGCUGGCGAACCUGGAGUGGCUCCGGCCGCACGUUCAGCUGACGCUGCGACACGUCCCUCCCAGCUACGUCCCCGAUUUUGAUCUCGGCGUGCAGGCGACCAGGCGAGGCGUGGGGGUCGUGGGCACCCGGCCGCCACCUAAAACGUACGCCCAAACCACCGCGCCGCUCUGGCACAACGUGACACAGGCGGAGCUGCAGACGUGGGCCGACAUGCGACAAUUUCUCACGACGCACCCGCUCCAGCUCGUCUUUCAUCGCGUGCCACAAGGCAACCUAUGCCCCUUCGAAGCGUUUCGCGGCGCUGUGCUCGCCUCAAACCGCGCUUGUAUCGUCGCCCAGGACUCGCACCCACUCGACCAGCAUUACUGGGCCGGCAUCGUCCACUUUGCGCCCACGCCUGCUGACCUCCCGCGUAUUGUCAACCGCUUCAUGAGCGACCCGGCGCUCCUCGCCGACUGCCAGGCGCUGACCUACAACGCCUUCGUCACGAACCACACGGCUACGGCCAGGGCGGCGGAGGAGAAGGAGGCGGCGCGGCACGCCGAGGAGCUGCUGGCCGAGGUCGAGGCGGAGAAGCGCGCCAAGGGCAAGAAGGGCAAGAAGAAGAAGAAUAAGGGCGGCGGGGCGGGCGGGGCUGGGCCGUCGCAGGAGCCCGAGGAGGUUGCCGAGGCGCCGUCGGAGGCAGACGCAGCCGAGGCGGCGAAGAAGGCCGAGGAGGCGAGGCUUCUCCUGCUUCUCGAGACGCUCACCGAGGAGAGGAUGCGGCUCGGCAUCACGGCGGAGAGCCAGGCAGCGGCGUCGGCAGAGGUGGCCGAAGCUGCGCGCUUGGACGCUGCGGAGGACGAGGCGGAGGAGGAGGCGGAGGCGGAGGACGAGGCCGAGGCGGCGGCGGAGGCGGCGGAGGCGGAGGCCGAGGCUGCACAGGCGGAGUCCAAGGCGGCGGAGGGGGCGGCCAGGGCGGCGUUGGAGGAGGCCACCGCAGCGCUGGAGAGGAGGGAGACGGCGCUCGAGGAGGCGAGGGCCGCCACAAAGACGAGGCGUGCUGCUGCAGUCGCUGCGAGGGCCAGGGCGACUGCCGCCAGGAUGGCGGCGGAGGCGGCCGAGCGCUCAUAG